CUUAUUUCCUGUCCCUGACCGCAUCCCCAGCUGUCCCCCAGGACUACAUUGCCCUGUUGUCUCGAGAGUUGUCCAGUUUCCAAACCGGUCUCUGUGUUUGCAUUGACGUCAACCGAGCGGGCUGGAUGUAUAAAACCCUCCGUCCUCACAGGGACCGCUCAGACUCGGCUCCGACCUGAGAUCCACCGCCGACCGCAAAGUUCAGCUGCAGCCUCUGGAGACACUAAAGACAUGAAGCCAGUCCCCCUGCUCCUUCUCCUCUCCUCGGUCCUCCUCUCGUCACACCUCCGCCCCGCCGCGGGUAGACCGCGCCACCUCCCCGGCUGGCUGGACGGCGGCGGCCGCCUCCAGACGCAGCCACUGGACCAUGUGCUCCUCAGAGCGGCCGCCGCCGGGGACGGCCCCGCGGCGGAUCUACUGGGCGACAGCAUCCUGAAGUUUCUCCAAAAGAGAAACCUGAACCCUCUGCGCCUGCUCCCGUCCAGAGAGGAGAGCGAGGAGGACGAGGCGGUGAGGACGGCGGCGCAGCAGCUGUGGAAACGCCACGAAGAGCCGCCGCUGUCCAUCGACCUCACCUUCCACCUGCUGAGGAAUAUGAUCCAGAUGGCCAAGAUAGAGAGCCAGAGGGAGCAGGCGCAGCUCAACCGCAAGGUUCUCGACGAGGUCGGGAAGUAGAACUCUGUUUUUCCGUUUUGAAUUGCCUCGUUAAAACAGCCAAAGCGCUGUCUAAGUAUUUAAGACCUCUGACAUUAGUCGUUGUUUGUU